GAGGCUUGUCUGCGUGCAUGUUCUGGUGAGUUCCGGACGAAUUGAGGCCUGCAAUACAUGCGUUGCGCGACCUGCAUGUUGAGCAAACCACGCCACACGAACUCAGCCUUGUCUAGGCAGCAUGCCAUACUUGAAGCCGGCGUAUCGCUUUCCAUCCAGCGCAUAACCCAGCCUUUCAAUCCCCACCCUUUUGAACUAGUCAAUACACUGCCGCAAUAUCUCUCAUGGCUUCACUUUCAGGCAGCGGCAGAGGUGGCUUUGCUCCACGGAGAGGGCGAGGCCAUAGAGGAAGAGUGUCUCACUUCGCAAAAAACAGGGAGCAGCCAAAACCGGAUCUCCAGAAACACCCGCUUGGAGACCUUGUGAAAGUGUUUCGCAGCUCCCAUCUGAGCUUGAAACCACUCGACUUGGCGGAGAUAUCCGAUUGCCAGCACGUCGCAUCGUAUAAUUGGCUCAACGAUGAAGUACCUACCAUUGUCGUUCCAGGCAAACCCCCUCGGUGGACACCACUUCACGCUCCACAGCGCUUGAAGGAAGACGACGGGCAGUACUUUCGUGACCCCAAUGCUGCGAAGUAUCCUGACUUCCCAAUGGCGCCUGUCGUACAUGCCAUUACGGAGACCGACCCAGAAUUCGACGCCACGAACACCGAUAUUUUCGCAUGCGGAAGCACCCUUGGCAACCUCCUACGCUUCGCUCGUGGUGUUGACAAAGCUUUCCGGUUCAACAUCGAGGUCAUUGGCGAGACUGUCUUCUUUAUACGAAAAGAGAAUGAUCCCAAAGAAGUUAUCAAGGACAUCAGAGGCUUUGGUCAUACAUUUCCAGAAGCAUACACCACAUGGGACCAUAGUGUCAAAGGCUCCGAGACACACCAGCGCAUCAUACGAUACAAAUUCGGCGGCUUGGAUUGUCUCGUACGCUUUGAAAGCGAUGGCUACAUUGACCACACCUCAGCAUUCCGCGAUGUCGCACCCGUGAACGCUGCUGGAAACCAGGAUGAGCUUCUGCAAGCAUUUCAGCAAGCAGCCAUCGGCCGGGCUCCCAGCAACGCGACGGGUAAACCUAAAGAGCUCAAGAUCAAACACGGCGGAUCUGCAGUACCACAUCACUUCAUCUUCGACCUGAAAACGCGCUCAGGCAAAUACAAGAAACCUAUCGAUAUGACCGACGUCUACCCAGCACUCUGGAUGAAACAGAUACCCAACUUCAUCGUCGCUUACCACGACGGCAACGGCCUUUUCGAAGAUGUACGAGUACAAAAUGUCAAGAGCGACGUGCAAGCCUGGGUCCGAGAGAACAGUGAUGGCAUCCGCCGCUUUGCUACACUGCUCAAUGAGAUCGUCGACAUCGCUAAGAGCAAUGCGAACAAGUUGCUCGAAGUGUACUGCCUCGGAGCGGAUCGCUUAGAGGUCCGAAGCCAGUUCGGCGAUGGCGUACAUGCGUUGCCUGCAGACUUGGUCGACAGGUGGGAGAAGAUAGAGUUUGGUAUCUCCUCUACUCAGGAUGCUGAUGAGGAUGAGGAUGAGGAUGAGUACAAUGACGGCGGUGUCGAUCUUGAUGCAAGGUAUGGGUUUGGCAGUGGCUACGAUGACUCAGGUUCUGAGCCAGACUACACUGCAUGUUCUGCUGACGACUGUGGGUACUGUGGAAAGUGCACGUACUAAGGCUGGUUGCCACAUGAUUUUGUGUUGACUUUUUCGUUUUUGUCACGAGCAACUACAAAGAACGACGGAUACUGUUGUGUGGGGCCUUACUUGAAUAGACACUUGAUCUUCGCAUACUUUUCCUUGAUGAGGCUACGAGGCUACAUCGUUAGCACAGCCUGUUAUGGAGAAUUGUCGCUCUGAUUGUAGUGACAAGACCUUCAGCGACGAACUCAGCUUUUUGGCAGCGAUGUUGGGCAGUCUGAUCGCUUGCGCACUCAUUCCACUCACAGCAACCAUUGCCAUUGCAUAGCCACGCGUCUUGACUCAC